UUCAAAGCGAUGGCGGUUGAGGAUACUGGGGAAGGGGUGGCUGUGGCUGCCGCAGCGAUAGCGGCGGGCGAGGCUCUGGCUUCCGCCUCAGCUGCCUUAGCAGCCCCCGGCGUUCAGGAGGACGUUUCCUCUGCUCUGCUGGCGGAGUUCUUGAAGGACUCGAGGAAGAAGGAGAAGUUGCUGUGGAGCCAGCUGCGGGUGGUAGAUGCCCUUCAGGGCUUCCUGGAGCACGUGGACAUGCCUGUGAACACUGAAGAAGAAAUCCGGGCUGAAGCCGGAGCGGCCCAACAGCUCUGGAAGGACCUGAGGGCUGAGCACCAGAAGCAGGUGGAAGCUAUUGAGGCUGCCGUGCCGAAGGCCCUAGAGCAAUUGGAGGCCGGCAAGAGGAAGCAGGCUUCAUUGGGGAGUGCUCUGAGGCAGGCUCGGGCCAAAAGGCGGGCUUUGGAGGAGUGGAGGAACGUGGCCCAGGCCCAGCGGAGGCGAGAGCAGGAAAAGCGAAGGCAGCGCUUAGAGGCUGGAGCCCAGGCCCAGAGGGAACACCUGGAGAAGGCCAACAAACGCCGGGCACAAGCGCUGACUCUCCAGUACGAAGAGCAGAAGAGCGCGCAGAGGCUUGGCACCUUCCUAGGGCUUCUGGAGAUGCUGCAUGGUGCUGAGGGGGAUGGAGGAAGCGGAAACCUCUUUGGAAGUCCAGCAAGCCUCCUGCAGUAACCCCUCCUGCCUCCACAAAGGCAUGGCCAAUACAGCUGACAGCCCUUUUUUUCUUUACCAAGAUUAAUGAGGGGGUGGGCACCACCCCCUGCAGAGAUUCCCCCCCCCCCAGGCUCUCUGCACAGACCACCAGGAAGAGACCACUCAGAACAAAGACUUUAGCCUCCCCAAAGGCCCCUGGCUUCAAGGCUUCCCAUCCUCUGUGAACUUCCUCUUCCUAAAUGAAAAGCCUUCAGCUGAAUAUACAGGUUGCAAGUUAGGACAUGACCUGCCUUCUUCAGAUUUAUCAGUAUACAGCAUUAUGCCUACUCUGUAAAGCAAAUCUGUUGUAUGCUUCCAAGAGCCAAUAAACGAUCCAUUUCCUUCUGUUCUCUCAACUUUUUUUUUUCAAAAUAAAGGAAAAGAAUUUGUUUAACAUUU